UCUCCAAUAAUUUUCAUAGAUCGGCUUGAAUUUUCACCACUUCCAUUCCUCCCGUGAACCACGUCGGUCCUCUGAUCUUUUCUCUCUCUGGGUUUUCCAAAUUUUCAUCCCUCAGAAUCAUGAUGGAUUUCCAAGACGACGAUUUUGUCCCGAUGAAUAUCCUCCAACGAAUCGAUUACCCAAAAAAUCUCUUCUCCAAAUCAAAAAAAAUCACCCCGGUCACCAAUUCGUCAUCAGAAAUAAAGGCGCCAGCUCCUGUAGAAGUUCCACCAAACUUUGUCAACAGUCCUUCCCCACGCAAGUCGGACAGAGCUCGUGUUGACGUUGCAGACCCUCCUCGAAUUUGUGAACAAAGGCAGAAACACUCGUUACCCGAUAUGGGAAGUGUCUACAAUUUUUGUAUCCCGGAAAUCAUCAAGAAAACUGGAAUGCCUUGGAUGGAGGAUCCUAGCAAACCACCAAGUACAGUAACCCCCCAAAUUUUAUCUGUGGUGGCGUCGGUAGCCUUAGGAUGUGACUUGGAUCUUGUAAAAAUUGCGGAGAGUUCUUACGACAAUCAAUACAAUAAGGACAGCUUUACCCCACUGAAGAUGUUCCUGCGUGACCCGUACGCCGUGGGCAUGAUAUUUAACUCAGGCAACAUGAUCGUGACAGGUACCAAGUCCGUUGCUGAUUGCGAGAAGGCCGUAGGAAAGUUUGCGGCCAGACUUCGUGGGAUUGGAUUCCCGGUUAGGCUGCCAAUCAUUACCGUUCAAAAUAUAUCAGCGUCCAUAAAUCUCCAGUUCAAAAUACGGCUGAAUGAUCUAUAUGAAUGUGAACUCCUAAGAGGAAGAGUCUUCCAUGAAGAAAAUUUUUCUGGUAUUACAAUCGAAGUUACGGUCCCAAAGGCAAAAAUCAUACUAUUCCAGACGGGGAAAGGUCUUAUCACAGGAGUUACCCAGGAGAAAGAAUUGCAAGAGGUUUUGAAGUUCAUUUACCCGUUUGCUAGAAUGUAUGCGAAAUAGAAGAAACCCUCUGUUUUUUGUUUGUGUUUUUCCUAAAUUUUCUGUUAAUAUGAUGUUUUUGAUGGGAAAUAACCCUUAUAUAAAUAGUUUAUAAAUUCAAGACACUUUAUAAUCUUUUAAUUGGCCACUUUUGUAAUAAAAAGACUUUAUUUAGCUUUCUUACCAUUA